AUGGCGGACGUGACUCACUCGGACCAGGGCUCCACGCUUGGUGAUAACCGACAGUACAUUGAGCACCUCCUUUACGACCAGCACUGGAAACAGACCACACAAUCGAAUUCGAAAAUUGACAAACUGCCCCCCGAGACCCUGCAUCAGAUUCUCUCCUUCUUGUCACCUCACGAGCUAGCUCGCGUGUCCAUUACGUGCCGUGCCCUCGCCCAAAGCGCCUCCAAUGACCUUUUGUGGAAGAAACUCGUCAACUCACAUAUACCAUUCUCUAUCGACGAACCGGGCCCUUUCGAAUCCUUCCGCCGCCUGUAUCUCGCCCAUUUGCCAUAUUGGUUCAUUCCGCAGAACAAGAUUUGGUUCGCAGAUAAUGAACACACCGGGAACUUGAUCUUAGCUCGCUACGAUAACCGUCGGGGGGUGAUUGAAGCAUAUCGAAUUCUCGCCGACCGUGGUGCACCCAUGUUCCAUGUUUGGGCCGGACACCCAGAUGUGAUGAUUCAAUCAUUCGACCCUCACGUCGGCCUGUGGCUGGAUGACCCGGUUUUGCUUCUGAAGGACCCUGAUCCAUCGGCCCCGACAUCUGAAUGCCAAACAUGGAUGGCAGAGCGCAGUAUGAGGAUGGCUGCAGAAAGCCACCAUCUUUUCAACUCGCUGUUACUUUGUUCUAAUACGGACACUGGUGUGACAGACAUGUCGAGACUCUGGCCUCCCGCGCUGAUACCUAGCAACAAUCGUGUUGCUAGAUCGGUGGACGAUAUGAAUGUUUCAGAACCUUCGCAUUGGUCUGAGGCAUCCCAAGAAGCGUUUCGUAUUCGCCGCUGGACGAAUUUCCACGUUGUGCAUCCAGGGAAUAAUUCGGCAAUGGUUACAUAUUCUACUCUCGAUCCCAGCGUGUACACGCCAACACGAACGAAGCCAUACCAGGGGAUCUGGGUCGGCGACUAUUCAGCGCAUGGCUGCGAAUUCCUACUCAUCACUCAAGGUGACCCGCUCACGGAUGAAGAAGUCGAUAACACGUCAGGUGUCAUUCAGAGGGGAAGUUUGGAUGCCAUCAAGCUGACAGGAGAUCCCAAUGUUCCCCGUGGUGAAAUAACAUUUCAAUCUCCUGACAUUGGACCAAAUGGCCUUAUUCGAGUGGAAACCGAGGAGCCUUUCGCCGGCUGUCGGAUUGUGCAUUCUCGGGGUCAUGUUGCAGGCCGUGGCUUUCGUGAUGAUACUUUUAUUGCUUCCCAACUGAUUCUGGUCUCUACUGAAUACAUAGCCCACUAUUGGCAGGAGAUGGGGCACAUCUCCUACUACCGCCGCGUUGAUAUCGAUGAUCUCCUGCAAACAUGA